AUGAUUACGGAUUUUUUUCUCGAUAAGGAUGCCUAGCGAAAGGAAGGUGUAAACCAAUCAUAUGACUUCAGCGGAGGGAUACACUAUUCACUGUUGUGUACUUCGUCGUUGCUAUCUGAAGCAUUUGUCUGAGUUGAAAGCUUGUGUAAAGAUUAUAAUGUGUGGAGGCUGUGCUUAGGUUAGAGGAAGCAGUAAUUGAGAAAAAUAUGGCCGAGGGUACAUCAGCUAACGUUGAUGAUGAUGAUUUAUUUGACUUUUCUGCUUCAGUUUUUGCUGGAGGUUUAUCCCAAUUUCCUCGCGAUUCGACACGUCGUAUCCCUGAAAGUAAUGUAUGUCGUUUUUUUAUUCGAGGCAGAUGUAAAUUUGGCGAUAGCUGUUGGAACAGUCAUACUUUAGUGAAACAUGAUGCUAGUUCGAAGUUUAAUCAACGAUGUGAUCGAAGUUCAGCUGGGCCUUCACGGCAGUCUUCUGAAAAUCGGGAAAUUAACCCUCCUAAAUUGGACAUGCAUAAGAAUCACUCACACGAAACUAAGCACGGCUUCCUGGUUAAUACAACAGCACAAAACGAGGAAUCGAAAACGAAUCAGAGUGGACAGCAUCCUCCAGAUUGGGUUAAUGCACCAGAAUUUGUCCCUAAAACAGUAAGAUCGUAUGCAGAUACCUUGAAAUGCAAUAUUAACUACAUGAAUGAACCCCAGAAAGUGCCAUCCAUGGAGCUUUGUUCUUAUUUUGUUGAUGGUGAUUGCCCUUUUGAAGAGCAGUGCCCUUAUGUUCAUGGGGAUAUCUGCGAGUUGUGUGGAAAAGCAUGCUUAAAUCCAUAUGAUGACAAACAAAGACAAAUGCAUACAGAAUUUUGCGAGAAAGAAUUGGAACAGGAUAUGGAGCUGUCAUUUGCUAUUCAGCGCAGUCUUGACAAAUCUUGUGGAAUUUGUAUGGAUGUUAUAAUGGAAAAAGAGCCAAUAUCUGAGCGCCGGUUUGGAAUUCUUGAAAAAUGCAAUCAUGUUUUUUGUUUAACUUGUAUCCGGAAAUGGAGAAAAGUCAAGACUUUUGAAAACAGUAAUCAUAUUGACAAUGCUUUGGAUCCAGUUGUGACUCGUGCUUGCCCUGAAUGUAGAGUGUCAUCCGAUUUUAUAACUCCAAGUCAGUAUUGGGUUGAUACUGAAGAUGAAAAACAGAAGCUUAUCUCGGAUUACAAAAUUGCUUUGAGCAAAAAACCUUGCAAGUAUUUUAAGCAAGGUAAGGGUACCUGUCCUUUUGGUGGAGCAUGCUUCUAUCUUCAUGCAAAACCUGAUGGUACCAAAGUUGAAUUGCCUCCACCAGUGAGAAGGAGACGACAGAAUCAAGAUGGCGAGUUGGAUUUCAUGGGUCGAAUCUUCUUGUGGGAUUAUUUGGAAUUGAGAGACAAUGACAUUUUGAUGCAGUUGGAUUUGGAUGAUUUUAUGUUUUCGAUUUCUGAUUCUGAUGAUGAUACAUCUGAAGCCAGCGACAACUUCUUUUUAAGUGAAUCCUUUUGAUCUACGGCAAUAUUUGCAGAUAUACAAGGUUAUUUCUGCUUACCGGCUGUCAUUGUUUUCAGAGUUAUAAAUAAUUUCAUAAUAUUCCCAUCAUUCAGAUAAAAUUUCUUGUAAUGCUUUCAUGUUUAAAAGCCUGAAAAAAUCCAUGGGAAAAUCAUUUUAAAUAAUGCACAAAUUUAGGUUUUCAUUGGCCUACUCUACAUAGAUUUCAUAGAACUUACAAACUGAUUCUUGAGGUGCACUUGUUGCAUGUUUUUGUUAUUUGCACCUUGACUCACCAUUUAGAAAAUUAAUCAAACUCGUCUCCAGUAUCAGGUAUGAACUAAAGCAUACCAGGAAGUAUUUUAUGUUAUAAACGUUGAUACAUAGUGCAUGUUUUCUGUGAAGAAUAAGUAUUUGAAUUCUGUCAUAGUAAAUGCUAAAAUUUUAUUGCAGUUUGUCGGGAAGGGAAAUACUUUGUGAAUGAAAGGUACUGAUCAUGUAGCUUGUUUUUAUGGCCUCUCUGCAAAUAUGGAAAUCAAACUAUGUGAAUUGCUAGUCGAGAAACAAGUAACUUUUGGAACUAAAUUGAGACAAGUACUCUGUGUUACAAAUACCUUAGUGUUGCUGUAAGUGUAAGCAUUAUGUUUGGUGUAUAUUUCACAAUGCUUUGUUUAUAACCAUUUACCAUCCAUACCUGUUCUAAAUAUUUUUAGGUGAUCCAACUUUCAUUACCUGUCAUCCAUGUUUUUGUUCAUAUCUGUGUUGGCAUUUAAGUUUUAUAUAUUCAUUUUUUUUGUUGGAAGCUCAUAUGUUUUUCAUAGGAGUUCUUGCCUUAGCAUUUCCUGAUGCCAGAAAAUGUGCCACUGUGUGAUAUGGUCAAUUGUUAAGAUUUUGCUUUUAAAACUGAAAACCUGUGCUAAAACCGGUUUGAAGUUGUUGGAUAUCGGAAUUAAUUUUUUAUACUAUGUAGUUGUUCAUCUUCCUCAAAUUUCUUGGUCAGAUAUCUUUGUUCAAAUGUUGUGUAAAUUUAAAAUUGUGCAUCUCCAUAAUGUUUAUAUAAAGGCUCUUUCUAUCAAAAAAGCAAGUUAAUUGAAGCUUUUAUUGUGAACUUGAAUAAUUUCUUUUAUCCAAGUGUGCUGUAAUUUUUACUUUUCCUGCAAUAUUUUGUGAUAGCGUGUGAUAGUUUGUCCUUCAUCUGUUCAAAGUAUUUUUAUUACUUACUCAGUUAUGUAUUUUAACAGUGCAGGUUUAACUUGUUAAAAGUCAGAGUACAAUUAAUGCCUUAUUUAUUUUUACUUCCAAUCAUGCCAUGUAUGAGUAUCUUAAUAGUAUUUUGUAUAUUUCAGUGAUUUAUUACAUAGGGAAUUUAUCUCGUUUCCUGGCAGAAUUAUGUAAGAAUUCUAUUCUGAAUGAAAUAUUAAUUAGAAUGAAAAUGGUAUAUCCUUUCAACAACAUACCGCAAAAAUAUAACGUUCAUUUUUUAAUAUUAAUAAUGUAAGUUUAAUAUAAGUAAUUGAUAUACUUCAUUAUUUAUUAAAAUUUGAUAUUGAUAUUCUUUAACCAGUAUUACAAUAGAUUUAUAUAGAAUUUUAUAUUUACAUUUUCUUUAAUGGAAAUACUUUAUCUUUCAGUUGACAUUUGGUUAAAAGCAGUUGUAGUUUUCCCCUUCAGGUGUUAGAUAUUUCAUUACUUUGAAUAUCAUGAAAUGCCAUGUGAAAGUAAAAAUUUUGCUAGAAUAAAUCAUAUAACUUCUGUGUCUUGUACCUUAUAAAUAAAUCCUAUAAAUUCUAAUACUGGCUAAUUUGAUAAUUUAGGAAAUUUAUGUGCAGCUUUGAUAUUUCUUUAAUUCAUACUUGCAGUCUAUUUUAUCAAAUCUCAAGAGUUGCAUAUUGUAUUACAGUGUUUUUAAGAUAUUGUUUUAAAAAGUGCAUGAUACAUUUUUGUUGUGAAAGCAGUAUAUACAGUUAAAUAAAUUUUUUCCAAUGAUAAAUAAUGUAAAAGGUGAACAUAUUUUAUUUAUAUCCAAUUAAAAAUUUGCUGUAUCAUUUUUACAUAUCCUGUAACUCUGUUUAUUCUUUAAUAUCACUUGGUAUUCUGCAUAUCAAAAUUUUAUGGAUUGCUUGUUCUAUUUUAUGAAAUUGAAUCCAUCACUUUAUUGACGUAAAAAUAAUCAAAAAAUUAGUUAUAACUCAUAAAAGAAAUUGAGCUUGUUAUUCCUCUGUGUAAAAUGAAUAAAAUUAAUAGGUAAAGCAGAAUGUUAUAUUGAUAUGAGCCAUUCUUUACUGUAGCUUUGUUUUGUGUGUUACUAGUGUAUUAUUUUUUUCUGUAUUAAUGUAGUUCAGGGUUUCUUAAACUUUUUCUAUACAUUAUCCUUCUUGGGGCCAAAGAAAAUUUUAUGUCCUCAGUGCAGUUAUGAGAAAACAGAAAAAGUAAUCAUAUUAGAUAUUAAUGUUAAAUAAUAACAUAAUUUAUCAUGCUUAUUUGAUAAAUUUCAGUGGACUGUUCCAAAUCAUUUCUUUUUGUUUAAUAAUGCUUAAGAACUUUAGAAGAGUGUAUUACAUAAUUUCAGUAUUUCUACAUGUGAUCUGAAUUGAUGUUAUAAAUUUUAAGAAUCCCUGAUAUAAUUGUGUUUUCUUCUGGAGAAAUAUCAUUGAUGUUACUCUAAUAUUAAAUGGUAGGAAAUAAUUCAGUCUAAAAAUGAAAUAUUUUCAAAUUUCUAUGUGUAAAAAAUAUUUUUAAAACUACAUUCUAUAUGUAUAAAAUACUUCUAAAAUCUUACAAAUUAAUUUUCAUCAACUUUUUCUUUUGAGAAUAAACUUCAAUAUUUUUUCCUUUAUAAUUUUAACUGUAUUUAAUAUUUGCAAAGUUUUUAUUGCUAAGGUUUGGAUGUAAUGACUUGUAGUUUAUCAGCAUUUUGAUUUAUUUUAUAUUUACUUAAAAAAAGGAAGAUUAAAAAGCUAUUUCUUAGUUAAAAAAAUUAUCCGAUAUCAAGCUGAUGACAUUUCAAGUCUUCAUUUUUUUAUAAUGUUUGUUUUCUCAGUAGAUUGCUAAAAUAGAAAUUUAAAAAUUGGCAUGUUUUAAGGUAAUAAUCAUACAAAGAAUGAAAUUUUGUGUUAAAAAAUUAUAAAAUUUAAUGUGAAUCUAGUAUGUAGGUUUUUUUGCUUCAGUUUUUUAUUUAAGAAUCUGCAUGAAUUACCUUUUCUUAGACUGGAAAAAUCUUUUUGUCUAUAUUUCUUGAUCUGCCAAAUUAUGAUGUCAAUAUAUUUCAAUACAUUUUCUGUGUGUGUUUUCUCAAAAUUGUCUUGGUGAAAAUGCAUUUUUUGCGUCAUGUCACUUUGAAAGUCAAAAAUAAAAGUGAGUUGUGUCUAAAAGUGUAAUGGAUUUAAAAUUUUAGCAGUUCAUUAUUUAAUAAGCAGCGAUUAAUUAUUUCCUAAUAAGUACUGAAUGAAGAAAUUAUUUGUUAUUAUUACUUAUUAACAUAUCCUUUAUAUAACUAAACACAAUAGGCUGUGAAAUUUUAUGAUUAUAAAACAUGAAAGAUAAAUUUUAAUAUUCUUAUUUGGUGUCCAUUUAAAUUUCAAAAUUGCAAUAAUACUUUUUAAAACGGGAAAAAAGAAGCAAAACAGGAGUUAAUUUAUUUUCUGUGUAAAAUUGCUCAUUAUGUACUCUUAUCCUAUUUGAAAAACAGUUUUAGCUUGAUAAUUAGAUUGAAAGUGUCAAAAAUUCAUAAUAAAGUACUCUAUCAAAGUUAUAUAUAUAUAUUUUUUGAGGUAAAGAGAGUAUGUUUGAUAUUAGAAAGAGAAGGAAUUUGCUUUCAGAUACAUAUUUUUUUUAAUUAUUAUUACUACAGCAGUUCUUGAUUUAAUGGAAUAAUUAGGUAGAAAAAGUAUCUGUAAAAUCAUUGUGUUAUUAACAGUAUUUAAAGUAGCAUCUAACACUUUGGAUUAUGCUAUAUAAUGAGAAUGUUAAGUUAAAAUGUACUUACCAUACCCUUGUCAUUUUUUACAACUCCAUACUAGGAGGGUACAAAAGUCUUGAUUUUCAAUUAAAUUAUUUUUUUACAUCCUUACCUUAAAUUCAUAUUAACUAUAAUAUUUAAAUAAAAAUUAUUUUCUAUAAUUUAACCAUAAUCCUGCCUUAUUCUGGUUAAAGUUUACAAGUAAUUAUAUAUAAUUCUGUUCUCUAUAACAUAGAAGUUUCUUUUGGUAUAUUAAGAUUCAAGUAUAAAUUUAAAAACUAAAAAUUUAGCCCUGCUUAUUUUAAUAUAGUCUUUUCCUAUUCAGUUAGAUGGUGUAUUCCAUAUCAAGUAAUUUUAACUAGAUAAGGUUUAAUAAAUAUGGUAAAAUUUAUCUCUGUAUUUAUGUGCAUAUUUUUGGAAAAUUUAACUAUAGUACAUAAUGGUUUUUCUCAGAAUUAAUAUGAAGCUGUAAAUUUCCUGGAUCAUUGUCCACAUGACAAUUCUUAAACCUCAAUUAUAUAUAUAGUAUUAAUAUCUUUGAAGUAA